GUGAGAAAUUGCAGCCAUGUCGUUGCUUGAUGCUCUAGACUCGUCGUCCACGAGGGUCUUAUUAGGAUGUCUCUUAUUAGCAGGCAUCGCCUACACCCUCUACCGCUCAAUGCUACCCCGUCCCUUAGCGGACAUCCCCUAUAACGUCUCCGCGACCAAUCGUAUCCUGGGCGAUCUUCCAGACGUCAAGGCUUUCGGGAGCUUGACCGACUGGUUAGCGACUCAGGCUAUUAAACACCAAUCACCGUUAUUCCAGGCUUUUAUCCGCCCUUUUGGGAAGCCGUGGGUUGUUGUCGCUGAUCAUUAUGAGGCCGCUGAGAUUUGCACACAUCGGGUGAAGGAGUUUGAUAGAGGGACGUCGAGCACUGCUGUUUUCAACUGUGUUGUGCCGGGGGCGCAUAUCACGCUUACGAGCUCGGAUCCGCAGUUUAGGAAGAAUAAAGAGCUUGUGAGGAAUUUGAUGACGCCGUCGUUUUUGUCAGAGGUAUCUGCGCCCGAAAUUUAUGACAAGUUUUCUCGGCUGGUUGAGCUCUGGGGUAUGAAGACUGAGCACGCCCAUGGACAGUUCUUCUCAGCCUCAAAGGAUGUACACAACGCCGCCCUUGAUAUCAUUGUAUGCGCCGCUUUUGGUCUCGACACUCAACAUACUCAACUCGUCAAAGAAAUUCAAGAGCUCACUCCAGAUACCAACACCUCAUCAGCCCAGAUCGACGGCGAAAUCGCGUUCAAAGAACUCCCUCUCAAUGAAGAGCUCAACGCCUUGGCCACUGUCGCCGAGAGCGUUGCCAAGAUCAUCAAGACACCUUCUCCCCCGCUAUUCCAUUGGAUGUAUCGAAGCUUUUCGGCAACCCUGAAGAACGCCUUUGCCCUUACCAAGCAGUUGCAGGAGCGAGAAAUCGCCAAUGGCAUUAAGCGAAGAGCGAAUGGAGAGGCUAUGAAGUGUGCGCUUGAUGAGAUCUCUGUUCGAGAAGAGGCAUUGGCGAAGAAAGAGGGGAGAGAGCCUGAUUAUUACUCCCAAGUGAUCACUAGUGAAAUGAUGUCUUACCUUAUUGGCGGCCAUGAAACAACCUCCUCAGCUGUACGAUGGGGCCUAAGCUAUCUCAGCGCCGAGCAAAGAGCUCAAUCCGAACUUCGCAACGCGCUUCAACAAGCCUACCCUCAAGCUAAAUCUGAGCGACGUGCGCCUUCACUCGUUGAGAUUAUCCAAGCUCGUGUUCCUUACCUCGAUGCAGUCGUCGAAGAGAUUCUUCGCUUGUCGUAUCCUUUUGGUAUGACUCUCCGAGAAGUGCAAGUUGACACACAGAUUCUUGGUGCUCGGGUGCCAAAAGGCACCACGGUUGUCUUCUUAUCAAACGGUCCAAGCAUAUUAUCACCUCCAAUCGACUUCGACGAGUCACGAAGUAGUGAAUGGGUCAAAUCUCGCAAACCGAAACCUUUGGAGAAGGACUAUGACUACUCGAGUUUCAAGCCUGAGAGAUGGCUCAAGACGGCUGCUGGUCCAGAUGGGAAAGAGGCCGUGAGCUUCGAUUCUCAGGCGUUCCCCAUCCAAGCCUUUGGGCUAGGUCCGAGAGGUUGCUUUGGGAGGAGGAUGUCCUACCUUGAGAUGAAGAUCUUCUUCACUCUAGUCAUCUGGACGUUUGAGUUGUUGCCCUUGCCAGCGGACGUUGCGAAGCCUAAACCAGUGUCGUCUUUGACUAGGAACCCUGACAGAGUGUUUAUCAAGCCACGAAAGGUAGUGGUGUAG